AUGAAGUUAUCUGUGCUGUUUGGUUUGAUCCUCCUCCUGGCAGUCUGGGCCCAGAUUCCUGAUGCUAAAUCCAAAGAUGCUACUGAAGAGUCUCAAAACACUGUCUCCACUAAAACAGACACAUCUGAGACCAACACGCAUCGUGUUAGCAGCGGUCUAAUCCAAUGUGGUGAAUAUAGCAAUGAGAUGAUGCCAAACGGACAGUGUCGAUUAAUAGCCACAUUGCCACAACUGGAAGAGCAGAGAUGUCCCGAUAUGUUUCGAUGUACAGACGAGGUUUCCCAUUGGCUGCGUGAGAACGAGGAGCGCAAACAGCAAAUUCAGGACUUGAAAGAAACCAUCUCAGAACUUCAAGAGGAGCUUAGGAGCCACAGGCAUCGCAUCAAAGUCCUGGAAUUGCAGAGUGAAGAGAAAUAUGGCACAAACUCUUCAACAGAGCAUCGCUUACUGCAGCAGAUCCUUGAAGAAACUAAUGAUCUGCUACAGAUCCACGGAUCACUGAUUUACGACAUGCAAGCAGAGAUCAGCAACCUAACUAUGAUAGUGGAUCGUGUGAGGCGCAAUCCCGGCUGCAUGAUCAACAUCAUCCGCUCGAACCCGCUGGUCAGUGCUCAAGACACUCUUUAUCCAGAUGUUCAGUACAUGAGAAACUGUCCAACUGACUGUGCAUCCCUACAUUACAAUGGAAUCCACAGGUCUGGGAUUUUUACUGUUGUCCCCUCGCUCGGUUCGACACCAGUAGAGGUUUACUGUGAUAUGGAUACCCAAGGAGGUGGCUGGACCAUGAUUCAACGUCGACAGGACGGAAAAGUUAAUUUCAAUCGUAAAUGGACAGAAUAUAGGGACGGCUUCGGAGAUCUUCAUGGAGAGUUCUGGUUGGGAAAUGACCACAUCCACGACAUCUCCAGUCAGGGGGAAUAUUCCCUUCGAAUUGACCUGGAGGAUUGGAAUGGCAAGCACAAACAUGCACUUUACCAAAACUUCUGGAUUGAGAAUGAGGAAAAUCAUUAUCGUCUCCAUGUGACUGGAUUUAGUGGUACAGCUGAAGACUCGUUCGGUUGGUACCAUGACAAGCAAAGCUUCAGCACACCUGAUACUGGUAACAUCUGUGCUGAGAUAUCUCACGGAGGUUGGUGGUACAACCAGUGCUUCUAUUCAAAUCUGAAUGGAGUUUAUUAUAAGGGAGGGCGCUACUCUGCAAAAGUAAAAAAUCUUUUGGGACCUGAUGGGAUUAUAUGGUACUCAUGGAAGGAUUCAGAUUAUUACUCUCUGAAGAGGGUGAGCAUGAUGAUGAGGCCACGGACAUACAGGCCACGCCCCUCUCCGUAACAGCACUUUAGGGUUUAGGUAAAACAGUACUGGUGGUGGACAUCAUAAGGCCAUUGUUGUUUCCUAAUGGUUGAGCAAUUGUGUAAACUGUGUUUAAAAUCUUAACUGCACUUUCUCAAUCUGGUCAAUCAUUUUUUUUAAGUACUAAAUCAGUACAAGAAAGCUAAUGCAUUGAUGUUAGGCUACUCAAUAAAUCCCAGUCAUCCAGUUAUUAAAUGUAACUUUAAGGAUAAUCAUUAAUUAUAUUUUUCAUUAUGUAUAUACAGUUCACUUAUGUGUUGUGUAUGAUCAUGCUUUAAGAUAAUUUAGUAACAGAUUUUGUAAUUUGAUUCUUAAAGUUGCAAAUAAAGUUGCCACUUUACCUCUCUAUCGCCAUCUCUGUUUGAAAUGUAUAAUUGCAGUUAUUCGAGUAAUUUAUCUGUACGUGUUGUGCAUUGUGC